AAUGAAGUACACCAAAUGUACUGGAAUAAAUGAGGACAUGUGUUGGUCCAAGAGUUUCUUGUAAUUUUAUCUCCCAUUCUUUCCUAAAGAUUUAGAAUUGAAACCCAGUAUAAGCAGGUCUCUGCAAUAACACAGAACCAUGGAUCUCCAAGAUUGCUAGCCAUGCAAUUUGCUAGGUUAACAUUAUUUGCAACAUUACUUGGAUUCACGUCAAGGUUUCAACACCCAGGACCAUCAUUCGAUCAGAAAGGGAUAGUUAUACAGUCCCAAAGAAAUGUCCACGCAGAUCUUGUGUGAACUGUGAACAUUCUGGGAGUAAAAAGUCAUCAACAAACACUGGAACUUGCUAAAGAAAAUCAUGGAGAUAAAUUUAAUAUAUAUCAAAAGAAACACAAAACAGGAGUUACUAUCCCAGUGUGAUGUUUCCGGUGAUUCCAAGGCCGUCUACAACGCUAAUGUUAGUAGUUCGCAAUCAACUGACCAACCACCAGCAGUCAGUCCCACCAGUUUGUUACAAACUGUUGAUGCUACAACGUAGCUCUAACAUGAAGUUUAUGCCAAACAGAUAUGUUUUCCCAGGUGGUGUAAGUGAAAUUACAGAUUUCUCAUCAGAAUGGAUGGAUUUGAUUGGUUCCAAAGAAUUACAGCUGAGACCAACAAUGACCAGUGCACCUUUUUAUGAAACCUACAGUAAACAGCUGACCAAAGACAGUCUACCUGCACAUGUUGGGUUUAGAAUUUGUGCCAUCAGAGAGACAUUUGAAGAGUCUGGUGUUUUGUUGGUGAGGUCAUUAAGAGAUCAAGAUGAAGGUGGAAGAUCAGCUGGACUUGUAAGGAAGAUGUUGAGUGAUGAUGAGAUCAAAAGCUGGAGAGGAAAAAUUCAUUCAAAUUCAUCAUUAUUUAUAGAAUUAUGCAGGCAUAUCCAAUGUGUUCCUGAUAUUUGGUCUCUCUACGAGUGGUCCAACUGGACCACACCUGCCGGCAAUAUUGCACGACGGUUCAACACAAUGUUUUAUUUGGCAUUUCUUAACAAUGAACCAGAAAUGAGUCAUGAUGGGACAGAAGUUGUGUGCUCUACAUGGGUAACUCCCUCAGAUGCUGUAGACUAUCGUUUGUCAAACAUGCUUCAAAUUGCACCACCGCAGUUUUAUGAGAUGUCAAGAUUAUGCAGGUUUUCAACAGUUGAUGAUUUGAAAUCAUUUGUCAUGUCACUUGAAGGAGUGGAUAACAUUGAAUCAGUUAUAGUUGAAAGCAGUGAUGGAGGAGACAUUAUUUCUUUCCUUCCUGGAGAUGACAUGUAUGAGAAAAUGAAGUGGGACACAUAUAAACACUAUGAAAACAUAGUGAACAGCACACAAGCAAAAGAUCUUAAACAUGUGCUACCAUUCAUGAAAGUUCCACAAACCACCCAUGAAUUAUUGGCAGAAACAAGAGGUGUGACAAACAGAAUAGCAUUCAAUUUCGAGAAGUCACUGUAUAAAGUCAACUGCACAGCCAAGUUAAAGUAUAACAUGCCAGCACCCUUGGCACCUUCUACAAUGGCAAAAUUAUAGGCUGUUCAUUCAAAUUU